AUGGAUAAAGAUACAAAAGUUGGUGAAUAUGAUGAAGAUAAUAGAAUUCAUAAAAUACGUCUUACAUUAGUGUCUAGAGAUCUUAAAUCUAUUGAAAAAGCAUGUCGUGAUAUAAUAAAUGGUGCUAAAGAAAAGAAUUUAAGAGUAAUUGGACCAGUACGAAUGCCUGUAAGAAAACUUAAAUUAACUACAAGAAAAUCACCAUGUGGUGAAGUUAAUGUUGUAUUAGGUACAAAUACAUGGGAUCGUUUUGAAAUGAGAAUAUAUAAACGUUUAAUUGAUUUACAUUCUUCAAGUGCUGUAGUACGUAAAAUUACUUCUAUACCACUGGACCCUGGUGUUGAAGUUGAAGUCUCCAUUUAA